AUGCCGGAAUAUAUUAUGAUAUCUGUGGGAGUGGUGGUGGCCUCUGUGGUGGCCCUAAUCCUAUUAAUACUGCUCCUCUUGAAGCAAAAAUCGAAAAUGAUAUUCGGAAUUUACCCCCGCAAGGGUCUCUUCUAUCAUUUGAAAUAUGUCAUUGCCUUGAUGGUGCUCCGGCGUAUGCGUUAUAAAUUCUAUCAUCGGAAUUCGAAGGAUAUGCGAGAGGAGGAUUAUAUGGAAAGUUUGGAUAGGCCCCAAGAGCUGUCGGAACAUCCCAAGUCCUAUGAUGUGGUCUCAUUUAUGGCUGCCAAUAUUAAGGGAGAGAAAUUUAUGGUGACCCUAGAGAGAAGGAGGAGGGGUAUUAUUCGAGCUUGCAUUUAUCUCUGGUUGCCGGAUUAUGGUCUGUUGGCCUCACCGAAGUUGCCGGAUAUGUUGUAUUUCACCACAAAUGGUGAUGAGGAGAACAAUGAGUUCAAGGGGAAUGGUUUCCAUAUUUACCCCAAGGAACCGAUGAAAUCCUGGGUUAUCAUGUAUGAGGGUCCGGUGCAACAGGUGGCCGAGAACAAGCAGCUGAAUGUGAAAUUAAAUUUGGAAUUCACUUCGACCUCCAAACAUUUCGAUUAUAAUCGUGAUCUGAGUGCCUCGGUGAUUGCGGAUUCCAUUGCCCGUGAGUCAUGGAAUGAGGCCUUCUAUAUUAUGUGUGUUAAUGUGGAUAAGAUUUUGGAAAAGCGUACCCAUUAUGAACAGAAUGGUGCGAUACAGGGUGAUCUCCUGAUUGAGGGUGUGGGAACGAAGAUCCUGAAAUUGAAUGGCUUCCGGGAUCAUAGUUUCGGAACCGAUCGUUGCCUUUCCACCAUCAAUCGUUAUGUCUACUUUUCGCUCUUCCUGGAGGAUGGCACCAGUAUGGUGGUCGGCAACCUCUCGCAACCCUCUUUCUUCUUGUCCUCUCUCAAGGUGGGCUAUAUCUGCAACAAGGAAGGCGUCUAUGAACCGAUUACAAAAUGCAAUUUCGAGCUGUAUACCUAUGGCCAAAAAGGUGUUCCGCCAAAUAAUCAAAAUUUCAUUGUCCACACGCGGGAUAAUAGUUAUUUUGUUCAGAUCCAGGUGGAAGAUUGUGCUGUCCGCUAUAUGGGUGGCAAUUGGGAAUCGAAGGUGUAUAAUCAAUUUUUCCGUUGCACUGUGAAUGGGGUGCAGGGUCAUGGUAUUACGGAAUAUUUGUAUCGUCAUAAUGAUGGGCGACCGGAGGAGGUGUGCGUCCAGGAUCCGGAAUGGUAUCAACGCAUUAGGAAAUUUGAAAGGACUUUGAGUAGCUGUGAGCGAGAGGAUGAUAGUGAAAUGUUCUUUUUUUGA